AGAGAAAAGUUUACCAGCUUUAGCCAAUUGGAAGCUGUGGAGCUGGGCCAAGUUAGCAUGUUUUUCUCCGCCUCUAGAUGAAGUCAUGAUUGAAAUAUGACAUUGAAAGGGAAGGGGAACAGGAAAGAAAAGCUAAACCUGCAACAAAGUGUCCUGUGCCCAGAACGCGGUUAGGAAGUGUGUGCAUACUUCGGAACCCUAAAUGGUUCUCAGUUCUGUAAACUUCUCCUCCCACUGGGUGGAGUAGGGCCUUUAAGAGCAGCUGGAAUGCAGUUCCUCUGAUCAGCGUAGCCAGUUGUUGCCUGUCUGAACCUCUGCCAGUCCUAGAGACUGGUGCCCUGAGCUCCAACCAGCGGGCCUCAUCCUACACCCUCACCACCGCAACUUCUCACCCGAGCAAGAAGCAGCUCCCAGAGAGAAAGAACGUUCCCACCUGCCUAGCCAUGGGAGAGGACGCUGCACAGGCCGAAAAGUUCCAGCACCCUGGGUCUGACAUGCGGCAGGAAAAGCCCUCGAGUCCCAGCCCGAUGCCUUCCUCCACACCAAGCCCCAGCCUGAACCUAGGGAACACAGAGGAGGCCAAACGGGACAACUCACAGGUGAACGCAGUCACGGUGCUCACGCUCCUGGACAAGCUGGUGAACAUGCUAGACGCUGUGCAGGAGAACCAGCACAAGAUGGAGCAGCGACAGAUCAGUUUGGAGGGCUCCGUGAAGGGCAUCCAGAAUGACCUCACCAAGCUCUCCAAGUACCAGGCCUCCACCAGCAACACGGUGAGCAAGCUGCUGGAGAAGUCCCGCAAGGUCAGCGCCCACACGCGCGCGGUCAAAGAGCGCAUGGAUAGGCAGUGCGCACAGGUGAAGCGGCUGGAGAACAACCACGCCCAGCUCCUCCGACGCAACCAUUUCAAAGUGCUCAUCUUCCAGGAGGAAAAUGAGAUCCCUGCCAGUGUGUUUGUGAAAGAGCCCGUUUCCGGCGCCGUGGAAGGGAAGGAGGAGCUUCCGGAUGAAAACAAAUCCCUGGAGGAAACCCUGCACACCGUGGACCUCUCGUCAGAUGAUGAUUUGCCCCACGAUGAGGAGGCCCUGGAAGACAGUGCCGAGGAAAAGGUGGAAGAAAGUAGGGCAGAGAAAAUAAAAAGAUCCAGCCUCAAGAAAGUGGAUAGCCUCAAGAAAGCAUUUUCUCGCCAGAACAUCGAGAAAAAGAUGAACAAGCUGGGGACAAAGAUCGUAUCUGUAGAGAGGAGAGAGAAGAUUAAGAAAUCUCUCACGUCAAAUCACCAGAAAAUAUCCUCAGGAAAAAGCUCCCCCUUCAAGGUUUCUCCCCUCACUUUCGGGCGGAAGAAAGUCCGAGAGGGAGAAAGCCAUGCAGAAAAUGAGACCAAGUCAGAAGACCUGCCUAGCAGUGAGCAGAUGCCAAAUGACCAGGAAGAGGAGUCCUUUGCAGAGGGUCAUUCCGAAGCGUCCCUCACCAGCGCCCUGGUGGAAGGGGAAAUUGCAGAGGAGGCUGCUGAGAAGGCGACCUCCAGGGGGAGUAACUCGGGGAUGGACAGCAACAUCGACUUGACUAUUGUGGAAGAUGAAGAGGAGGAGUCAGUGGCCCUGGAACAGGCACAGAAGGUACGCUAUGAGGGUAGCUACGCGCUAACAUCCGAGGAGGCGGAGCGCUCCGAUGAGGACCCCGUGCAGCCUGCCGUGCUCCACGUGCACCAGACCUCCUGAGCUUAGAGCCACUGUGCCAUCCUGUGCUGUGCUCAAGUGGGCAGCCAGGGCUGAAGAACAAACUCUUGCACAUCUCCAGCACGACUCACCCACUCCUGCGUUCCUGUCCAGGCAGUAAUCAUUGACCAUAUAGUCAUAGUAAGACACACGAGACCAGGCUUUACCAUGAAAGCGACCUGUCACGGACUCCACUUUUAAUUUGCUCUUAGGUUCUAUCUCUGUAGAAUGUCUCCAAGAUUGAAGAAGAAACUGAGCAGUUGAAAAAUGCUAAUCUGUUUGACUUAGUCAGAAAAAAACAGAGGAUAAUUAAGAUACUAGUCAUGAAAAGUGAUUCAUUCUUUUUUGUCAUUCCAUAAGCUUGCUGAAUAGUGUACCGGUAAUAUAUUGUAUUUCCACCGUACUCUGUGAAUCUAAUUAUUAUUCUUUAAGUGUUGAUAUAUAAUAUACAUAAAUAUGUAAGCUAAACAUUUAUGUUUUAAGAAGAAAACAUCUACGAAAGGUAAAAAGAGAUGCUAAGUUGGUUGUUUACUUACUAGAAACCAUUGUUUUAUUGCAAACGAAGGAAAAAUGAAGAGAUUAUAAAAGUCAGCUAAUGAAGUAAGAUACGUAGUAAAGUCAGGACUAUUCAAAAAGUAAGAAAGAAAAUUUGGAAAAUAAGAGAAACAGGAAACAAAGAAUGCCGAAAAGAAUGAAAACAGAGAAAAAAUGUAUGUGCUUGAAAGUAAAAUAUUUACAAUAGUAGCUUAACUAUUUCACUCUUUAAAUAACAAUACUAAAGAAGUUCGUAUAUCCUGGAAUAACAUGUCAUCUUCAAAAUAUUUUUAUUUUCUAAUAUUUUUAAUAAUAAACCUUUUAUAGUGUUAAAACUGUAUUUUUCUUAAUAAAUAAAAGAUAUUACAAAUAUUUCUUUAAGAAAGUUCAAAAGGAUGUUGUCUUGUUAACAUUGGAACGAAUAUAAAUCUUCAAAAUACAAUUAAUAUAUACUGUUUUGUGGAAACUUAGCUCAUACUAUUCUUUAAUGCUCUUCAAAUUUAAACUAACCCUUACAUUCCAUGUGAUGUGAUGUAGGCUUAUAAGAUGCUAAAAUCUACAGGUUUUGGAAGUGAAAGAUUCUAUUUUUUCUUUUUUUGUACAUAAUGGGAAUUUCAUUCCAGAUUAUAUUUUAUUUAUAUAUUAAUUUCACAGAAUAUUAAUAUUUCUUAACUUCUUAAAGCAUGCUAGUGUUUUAUGUAUAUGUACAUGUAUAUUCAGACAGGGUAAUUUUAUCUGCUGCCUAACAUUGUACUAAAAUAUUGCUUUAUCUGUUUUUAAUUACAAAAUGCUAAUGAUUUCUUUUCUUAAAUUAUAGUUUAAAGACAAUUGGCCCAGGGAGCAAAUCCCCUGCCUUUAGUAUGAACCACUAUAAGUAACCUUACAAAUAGAGUUAAUCCAAGACAAUAUUAACAAACUGUGCUUUGUCUUUAAUAAAAGCGAUAGGAUUAACAAACAUAUUGAUGGCAUAACCUAUUCAGCUAUGUCCUUAUUUUUGCAAUAAUGUAACCUCAAAUAUUGGAUUGUUGAACCAACAAUGGCUGUGUUAAAGAAGAUUAAAUAAACCAAAUAAUAAAAAGCA